UGCAUUUGACGACAUUAAAUCUGUUAUUUUUUUUCCAUUUAAGAUAUUCUUAGGAGAUAGAAUCGAGAUUUAUAAGAGAUUAUUAGUGAUUAGUGAAUAUAAAUACAAACAUGUUAGAGUGGGUUGUAAGAUGUAACAGUGAGAGGGGUCCCAAGUAGAAUUUAAUAGGCUCUUUGGUUGUGCUUGACACCACAUAUCGAUCCAUUUUGCACUCUUAUAAUUUCCAUGUUGUUAUUCUUGGUCUGAUGGCAUGCUUAGAGAUGUACAACUCGGAGCACAAGGGUCGCCAUCACCAUCAUCACUGCGCUCCAGUGAGUCCCAGAAUUUCUUUCUCGAACGACUUUGUGGAUGCUCAGCAAGCCACCAAGCAGGAACACAGCAGCGCCAGCAGAUCAGAGCCUCCUGCACUCUCCUCAGACUUCGAGUUUUCUGUCACCAACUACUCAAUGAUGAGUGCUGAUGAGCUUUUCUUCAAGGGAAAGUUGUUGCCCUUCAAGGAUACCAAGAGGGCCACCACCACUCUCAGGGAAGAGCUUCUUGUGGAUGAUGAUGACGAUGAAGGCUACCAAGACUUCUCUCUCAGGCCUCCCAAAGGCUCCUCCACAAGGUGGAAAGGCUUUCUGGGUCUCAGAAAAAGUCACCUCGGAUCCAAGAAGGUUGACAAGAGUGAACCUUCCUCCGACACACCUGUUGAAACUAGAAGAGCCGGUUUCUUCAACGAGGGAGCUAGGCUUCAUGUGAAUUCACAGGAGUUGUUGAAUGAAGGAGGAUCAGGUAGUAGGGAUGUUGAGAUUGGGUUAUAGAGUUAACUGAAGAAGGGUGACGGGGCAUUUUUUUCCCUUCAGCGGGUUUCAGAACCAAACCAAGGCGGUAAAUUUAUGUUAUUAGGCUUUUGUUUGUCAGCUUUGAUUCUUCCAUAAUUCUCUGAUUUUUGGUCCACCUAGUGGUUAGGAUUUCACUGUUUGUUGUACAAAUUAUUUGCAGUUGAAUUGAAAAAGGCCCGCAAAAAGAAAGGAUUGAUUCAUCUUUCUUCACUUUUUAUUGUUGCACCUUCUUAGGCUAGCCCGAAUCCUGUCCUAUAUAUUUCACUCUUGGUUAAAAUCUUCCAUUGUUGUGCAUGUUUGUAUUGCAUGUGAAUGUGAAUGUGUAUUCAUUUCA